AUGCCUGCCGAAGUGAAAGAGGAGCAGAGUUCAGAGGGACCUCCUCCACUAUCUUUGUCUCAGGAGGCUAAAGAGGCAACUCUAGAUAACCCAUCCACCAAUGACGAACUGGACACACCCACCUCCAUCGCCUCCGUGAUGACCUCAACCAAUGAAAGCUCUACUGAGACUGACACCCCACUGCAGACAGACACUGAGGAGUUCAAGGCUGUGGAACAGGAGGGCGAGAAGGCCCCGAAUGACACCCAAGAAUCCUCAGAGACACAGCUGGAGAACUUCCAGACAUUGGAUGUGCCUGAUUUUACAUCAAACCCAAUGGUUCAAGAUAAUACCCCUACUAAGCAACCCGUCCCUGAAGCAAACACUGAAACCUCUGAAUCACCAACCACAACAACCAGCAGAACCACCACAGCACCACCCCCCCAACCUCAGGUGGUACUGCUACCUGUGGAGACUCAGCCAGUGAACCCGGACAGCCAGAGCAGAGUGUACACCAUACCCGACAGCUACAGAGGCAUUGGCGGUGACUUGUGUGCAGGGUAUGGAAGCCUGUCUCGCGCUACCCUUCACGGCUACUGGCCCACCAAAAACUUCCAGCCCGGAGCUCACUACACCUUACCCUUCCUCAGGGACAGCUAUGCUCCCUCAGGCCUCAGCAGCCAGACAGAUGACGAUGGCCUUGGUGAACGGGGAGAAAACCCUCUGGAUAUGAAGACUGACCAUGCAGCUGCCAGUUACCCAACACUGGGUGGAAUCCACCAGUUCAGGCCAAUCACCACCAUGGAGCUCCUCAGGGAGCCGUCAAGAACCAGAGGUGGCUACGAUGAUGCUUUCAUGGCCCAGCUGGAGGGGAACCUGAACCCUUUCUUCCAGGCCAUGUGCCGAGCACAGACCCUGCAGUUACCUCACAAACGCAGCAGCAUGGUCAGUCUGGACAGCAUCCGUAGAGACCCGCGCUGGAGAGACCCCAACCUGCAUGAGGUGAUAGCGAUGCUCAGCCACCCAAUGGACCCAGUCAAGUCUAAUGCAGCCGCUUAUUUGCAGCACCUGUGUUAUGAGAACGAUCGCAUCAAGCAGGAGGUCCGCCAGCUGAAUGGAGUGCCAAUAUUGGUGGAAUUACUAGACCAUCCUAAAGCUGAGGUCCACCGCAAGGCCUGUGGUGCUUUGCGCAACAUAUCCUAUGGCAAAGAUCACAAUAACAAAAUGGCUAUUAAGAACUGUGAUGGCAUCCAAGCUUUAGUCAGACUGCUGAGGAAGUCCAGCAGCAUGGAGGUCAAAGAGCUAGCCACAGGAACUCUGUGGAACCUCUCCUCACAUGAGCCACUAAAGAUGAUGGUCAUCAACCAGGGGCUUCAGACACUGAAUGAUGAAAUCAUUAUCCCACACUCAGGCUGGAGGAGAGACUCAGCCGAUCCGUCUAAACUGCAGAGUGCUGAGUGGACCACCGUCUUCAAGAACACCUCUGGAUGUCUGAGGAAUGUCAGCUCAGAUGGGGCGGAGGCUCGACAGAGGUUGAGGGAAUGUGAGGGGCUGGUGGAUGCACUCCUUCAUGCCCUUCAGUCAGCUGUAGUCAACAAGGACACUGACAAUAAGUCAGUCGAGAACUGCGUCUGCAUCCUGCGAAACCUGUCCUAUCAUGUUCACAAAGAAAUACCAGGUGUGGAGCGAUUUCAGGAGCCCCAUGCCAAUCAUCUGAUGAGAUCAGUGGGACCACAGAAGAAGAAGAAUGAGCCUGACAGUUUUGGAGGAAAAAGACCAAAAGAGGAGUGGUUCAAUCAAGGUUGGAAAAAUGGAUUUAUGGACAGAAAAUAUGGAACAUUGGAUUUACCAAAACGUACAGAACAAAUGAAAGGGUUGGAGCUGCUGUACCAGCCAGAGGUGGUGAGGCUUUACCUGUCUCUUCUCACCUGCAGUCACAACCAUAACACCCUGGAGGCGGCUGCAGGGGCGCUUCAGAACCUUGCUGCAGGACACUGGGCUUGGUCCAGUUUCAUCCGUGCUACAGUGAGGAAAGAGAAAGGGCUGCCAAUCCUGGUGGAGCUGCUGCGCUCAGAUGUGGACAAAGUGGUGCGAGCUGUGGCCAUUGCUCUUCGCAACCUGGCCAUGGACAGAAGGAACAAAGACUUAAUAGGGAGCUACGCUUUGAGGGACCUAGUUGGUAAUCUGCCAUGUGGGCAGCAGCACCCAGCAAAGAAUCUGGAGGGAGAUACGGUGGUGUCAAUCCUGAACACAAUUCAUGAGAUUGUCACAGAUAGCCCAGAGAAUGCCCGAGCCAUCAUACAGGGCCAUGCUGUUCAGAAACUAGUGGCAAUCAACAAGUCAAGCCAAUCAGCACGUGAGACCAAGGCCGCUUCCCAUGUGCUUCAAACAAUAUGGACCUACAAGGAGCUAAGAAGCAGUCUAAUCAAGGCAGGCUGGAACAAGAGCCACUUCAAGCCAACAACUACUGGAGUGAUUAAAAAAUCAAAGAGUGGAAAGCAAGGCAACGAUGACAUCACCUUGCCUCUCAUGGAUAAGAACCAAGAUGUGUAUUCCAGUUUAGAGCCCAAUGAUAGAGUUGGAGAUGGAAAAGGACCUGUUGUGGAAAGAGAUGCUCUCCAGGCGAUAAGUGAAAGAAAACACUUCAUCAGAGCUGGCAGACCUGCAGUGGGCCUCAUGGAUAACAAACCUCCGCCGCUGGACUCCUGGGUGUAA